AUGCAGCGGCCAGCGCCCUAUUCGUAUCACUUGGAUGAUCAGCCACGAGCUGUGCCCUCUGUCUACGCCGCUGAUCUAGAACUCGCUCGCGGAGCUGCCAACACCACAACCUAUGUGCAGUCCGGAUUUCACGGCACGUUACCUCAUGCCAAGCAACUCGAAAACUUAAACUUGAACGAUUCUGGUGAUGCUCCACGGCCCAUUUACUCAAGAUACGCUGACUUACCUGUCUACUACAACUCGACAACAGACACAAUGUGGGACGAUGAAAUGGCAUGGAAGUACUCGUUUCAUGUGCCUUCAGCCAGAGAGACACCGUUUGGCAAAGGAGCUGACACACUAAAACCAACCACCCCACCGAGCUUUUCUCCAAAAGGUCCAACAGUCAAAGAGAAGCAAGUUUCUGCCUAUUUCGAUCCGUGA